UUUUUCUCCAACGGCGGCGCUGUAGCCGUGAGCCGUAGCCAGCGAACAGACGACCUGCUGGGUAAACAACAGUGGAUUCCUCGGAAGGCAGGAAUGGGAACUUCGUCGAGGGCUGAUAGAUUUAUCCUCACAUGUUUGAAAAAGGACGGUGACACAAUUUGAAAAAAAGGACUUAGACCCAGACCUGCCACCAUGAAGAGUGAGGUGCCAUCUGAGGCCCCCAGCAGACAGGAGCAUCUGAAGGAGCCACUGGUUAACCCAGAGCCAAUGGAGGCAGCCAAGAACUUCCCUAACAACAUGGAGGUGAUUGGAAAGGCAGGCAGUGAUUUUGAAACCCUUUGUGAGUCCAGGCAUCGGCCCCUGAGGGACACAGGAACACACAGAGACUCAGAACGGAGCCUCCCUGCUCGCAGAAAAAGAAAAGGCCAACAGGCAGGGCCUUCAGACUGCUCACUGAAGGAGGGCCACAUCAGUGAGAGUUCACUGGCCCCUCAGCGUCCAAGGGUAGAACUUUUACAGCACCCCAGUGAGGAUGAACAUAAUCAUGAGUCCUCUUUUAGUGACUGUGCUUCCUCCCCUUCCUCUAGCCUGCGAUUUGGGGACUCAGACACUCUCAGCUCAGAGGAUGAAGGGGAAGCUGGAGCAACAGGGGGCCAACACAAGGCUCCUGCCCUGACAACAGGAGGAGCCACUGGACACGGUCUGCGCCCUGUUCUGGGUCGAACUCGGGGGAAUCGUUCUCAUAAAUGGGUGCGGUCUGAGGCUGAGCCAGUGCUGCUGAAGCGGCCGUGCCUGAACAGCCGACGGCCUCUGCAUAGGAAACGCUUUGUGAAAACAACUCCUGGAGGGGGUCAGCGGACUCAGAAGCAAAAAGAGCGACUAUUACUUCAGAGGAAGAAACGUGAAGUGAUUGCACAGAGGAAGUAUGCUCUUCUCCAUAGCACCAGUAGUUCUAGCGAGGAGCUGAGUAGUGACUCGUCCUCCCCCUCUUCGACUGAAGCAGAAGAUGAGCUGUAUGUAGAUGUCAGCAGCACCAGUAGCCAGCCCAACAGUGCUGCUGUAGCCACAGGUGCUCUAGAUGAGGAUGUGGUGGUGAUCGAGUCAACCCCAGCUCCAGCCCCUGCUGUCCCUGCAAGCGAGGAGAUCAACGUCACCUCCACUGACAGUGAGGUGGAGAUCGUCACAGUCGGAGAUGGUUUCAGGUCACGCUCAGUGGGGGGUAUUGGCAGGAUUUGGGCUAAUAGUUGCUCCCAGAAUCGCCUUCAGGAGCCACGUGGACGUCACAGACUCUCCACUGUCAUCCAACCACUGCGUCAGAAUGCUGGGGAGGUGGUGGACCUCACUGUUGAUGAAGAUGAUCUCUCAGUUGUGCCAACAACCUCUAGCAGCAUUCACCCUCAAACAGUCAGGUCGUCGUCGUCAUCAUCUUCCCAUCAUGCCUCUACCUCAGAGCUCAAUGAUGCCCCAGGCCCUUCCACUAGCUGCCCAGGCUCAAUACCUGAAAGUAUGCACACACAGAGGCCAAGUGGCUCUUCUCGCACAGCCACAGAGGAUGACAGCAGACCAGGUUUGUCUGGAACAGCAGGAGAAAACACUGGCACGACCAUGCCCAGACUCCCAUCCUGCUGUCAGCAGCACUCCCCAUGUGGAGGUCCCUCUCCUGGUCACCUGUCCCUGAGCCACUCCCAUUCAAGCUGCUUGCAGGCGUCAUCCUCUCAGCAGACCAGCAGCUCGCAGCACAGCCACGGUCACAGCCACAGCAAUGCUCAUCACUUCCUACACCAUGUCCAUCACCCAGCACCGCAGCCCCCGGGGUCCCUGCCCUUUCAAGAGUCUAGCUGCCCUGUGGAGCGGCCCAGCGCUCUGCCCGCACCCUGCGCUGGAGUCAGCAGCAGCAGCAACAGUAGUAGUAGCAGCAGCAACACAGCCCACUACCAUGACCAGCAAACUCUGCCAGUGGACCUGAGCAACAGCAGUGUUCGGAGUGGUGGAAAUAGCGGGACUAGUUUCCAUGGCAGCACCUCAGCCUUUGACCCUUGCUGCCCAGGCUCCACCUCACGGCCUCCUGCUUAUGUCUCCCAAGCCACCCCUGGGCCCAGCCAGCCAGCUGUGGUGGACUCGUUCAGCUCCUCCAUGGUCGCCCAGCCCCAGCCACAAACGCAACCCCAGCCCUGUAGACAUUACAUCCACCCCUCCUAUGGUUCUCUAGCACGCUCACUGCAUCAUCAGCCCUCCUCCACCUGUCCUCACUCCCAUGGGAACCCCCAGCUUACACCUCAGCCCGCUCCACAAGGCGAUUAUGUCAUUCCCCACACUGUCACCUUUCAUCCGCCGCUGCCAUCCCACCCUUCAGGCCACGCCGUGCCCCCUGCCCCUCCCCCUCCUCUUUCUACCCACCACCUUUCUAGUUCAAGUGCCCCACUGGCGCAGCACCUGCCUGCGGACCACCAGACCUUGCAGCACCAUAUGCCGGCACUGGGAGCCUCUGUACAGCGGCUGCAUCAACACGAGAUGCUGCAGAGGAUGGAGGUCCAGAGGCGCAGGAUGAUGCAGCACCCUACACGAGCACAUGAGCGUCCGCCUCCACACCCACACAGAAUGCACCCCAACUACGGCCAUGGACACCACAUCCAUGUGCCACAAACUAUGUCUUCCCACCCUCGCCAGCCUGAGCAGAGAACAGCAUGGGAGCUUGGCAUCGACACUGGAGUGACUGUGGCACCGUACCCUCCAGGGCACCUGCACUCCCACUUGCCCCACUACCACCCUCCCCCCAGACUGCACCACUUCCCCAUUCCCUUCAUGCACACUGGCAUAUCUGAAGUGACCUACCCGCACAUUCGGUACAUCUCAUCUAGAAUGACUGGCUUUGGAAGAACCUAUGAGGACCUGCUGCAUUUAGAGGAAAGACUGGGGACUGUGAACCGAGGAGCCUCUCAGGGAACCAUAGAGAGGUGCACUUACCCACACAAGUACAAAAAGAAGGUGUUGGAGAGAGACAUUGACCAACAGUUAACCCCUGAAGCUUGGGCAUCUAUUGGGAAAAAUAUGCACGCAACCCCAGAAUCGAGAAAGCUGCAUGGUAAGCAAGACGAAGACGAGGGGGCAGACGAAGACACAGACGAAAAAUGCACCAUCUGUCUGUCGAUACUGGAGGAGGGGGAGGACGUCAGGCGCCUACCAUGUAUGCACCUCUUCCAUCAGCUGUGUGUGGAUCAGUGGCUCCUCACCAAUAAGAAGUGCCCCAUCUGCAGAGUGGACAUUGAGGCGCAGUUGUCUGCUGAGAGUUGAUGCUGUUUUUUUUUUUUUGACCCUUUUGUUGAAAAUUUAUUUUGAGAUCAUAUUAAUUUUCUCUUCAGUACUGCAGUCAACCAAAGAUGGCAUGAAUUACCUGUGCAGCUCCACUACGAGAAAAUAAUAAAAAAAAAAAACAUCUGACAAAAAAGCAUUGAGCCUAGAGUGCCAGCUAUCACAUAUUACUACAACAGCUAGAAUUCUCCAUUAAGGGUUUAAGAUUUUAUUGUAUUUAUAAAGCUUUUAUGUAGCUUUUGAUUGUUUCCUCAAGUGUCAUUUUUUUUGUUUCUCUGCAUGUUUCCUUGCAAUGCAUUUCUUUGCACAUAUAACGUGGGCUUAACACAGCCUAACAACUUGCAGGUGAGGAUAGCUGCUCUAGUAAAGAUGCAUUUCUGUAAACCUAAUGCCUUGCUUUACUAGAAUAGAAUGUCAACCUCCAGUUUAAAAAAAAAAACAUUGCAGGAUUCAUUUUACCAAUCAUUGUAUUGAUUAGUUUAUG